GGAAGAGAAGGAACUUGUUAGAAGUCACUCCACCAAUAGCAGGGCUGGGAUUAAAACCUAGGUCUUUCUACUCCCCAAACACUCUGCCUCAAACACCUAUGAGGGAUUGAGGGAAAAAUUGCUUAGGAACUAGGGAAUCUGACCCAUGAACAUAGGUACUAAAAUUUGUUUUUGUCUUUUUGUUUUUCCUUGAGACAGAGUCUUGCUCCGUUACCCAGGCUGGAGUGCAGUGGUGUAAUCAGGGCUCACUGCAGCCUCCACCUCUGGGGCUCAAGCAGUCCUCCCACCUCAGCCUCCCAAGUAGCUGUGGGACUACAGCUGUGUGUUACUAUGCCUGGCUAAUUUUUUAUUUUUAUUUUUUGUAGAUACGGGGUUUCGCCAAUUGCCUGGGCUAGUCUCAAACUCUUAAGAUCAAGCAGUCCACCCACCUCGGCUUCCCAAAGUGCUGGGAUUACAUGCAUUAACCACUGCGCCUGGCCCAAUAUUUAUUUUUAAUGGAAGACUGAAAUUAUACAUUUAUUUUCUACCAUUAGCUAUGUCUAGGACAAAUAAAGCAUGGAUAAGAAUUUUAAUCCUAGUUAAGACAGGAAUACCUUGGCUGGUUGAAGAGAAACAGCUCAGGUAUUAGCUGUAUUCUGUAGGGUUCAUGAGAAAUUAGGAGUCCAAGUGGUGGGAAGCCCCAAGGUUGUGGGGUUAGAGCAUCCAUCUUUGGAGAUUACCAAAGCUAUUUUUGCAACCAGCGAUAAGGCUGUAGGCAGCAAGGGCAGGCAGGAUGCCUGAAAGCUUAGUCCAUUUUCAUCUCCAAAUAAGGAGGUGCAGAGCCAGAUACCUUUCUUGAGUAGGGAGUUGGGGAGGAGAUGAAACAAAGUACUCUCUGUCAACCUCAUUCAAAUUCUGCAUAAUCUGAAAUAAUGCUUUAGAGGAGGAGUAUCCAGUUACAUUGAACCACUACCUUUCUAAUAAUUGGAGAGUCAGCUACCUAGUUUGAUUUCAUAUUAAAGUUCCAAGGGUGAUUUUAUUUUUAAGAGAGUCAGAAGACUAAAGGAAGUGACAUAAUCCUUCAGGUAGAGCAUUAGGCUAGGCUGAGCUUUCUAAUUCUCCUGCCCCAGCAUGGUUAUCAGCAUGUCAUUUAGCUUUUCAGUUGUUUCCUCUACCUAUAAAACAAGGGUAAGUGUUUCACAGAGAUAUUGUGAGAGUUGUCAUUAAAAGGAAAGCAUUCUGGAUGGAAGGGCUCUUAAGUCAGCAGUCCCCAGCCUUUUUGGCACCAGAGACCAGUUUCCACAGACGGAGCAGUGGAGUGGGGAUGGUUUCAUGAUGAAACUGUUUCACCUCAGAUCAUCAGGCAUUAGUUAGCUUCUCAUAAGGAGCACGCAACCUUGAUCCCUCGCAUGUGCAGUUCACAAUAGGGUUUGUGCUCCUAUGAGAAUCUAAUGCUGCCACUGAUCUGACAGGAGGCGGAGUUCAGGCAGUAAUGCUUGCCUGCUGCUCACCUGUUCUGCUGCCCGGCUUCUAACAGGCCACUGACCGGUACCCACUGGGGACCCAUGCUCUAAGUUGUUGAUCUCUAGAACCGAUUUUGGGAGAGGAUUUGCCUUAUUGAAGAAGACAGGAUCAUUUUUCUUUCUUUCCCAUUUUCUAGAACCACAACAUUGACUUAUCGGCAUAAGGUGGCAUUUUAAACCACAGAAGACUUAGUUCCAUGACCUACUGAACGUGAACGAACAGAAAGGCUAAUUAAAACCAAAUUAAGGGAGAUCAUGAUGCAGAAGGAUUUGGAGAAUAUUACAUCCAAAGAGAUAAGAACAGAGUUGGAAAUGCAAAUGGUGUGCAACUUGCGGGAAUUCAAGGAAUUUAUAGACAAUGAAAUGAUAGUGAUCCUUGGUCAAAUGGAUAGCCCUACACAGAUAUUUGAGCAUGUGUUCUUGGGCUCAGAAUGGAAUGCCUCCAACUUAGAGGACUUACAGAACCGAGGGGUACGGUAUAUCUUGAAUGUCACUCGAGAGAUAGAUAACUUCUUCCCAGGAGUCUUUGAGUAUCAUAACAUUCGGGUAUAUGAUGAAGAGGCAACGGAUCUCCUGGCUUACUGGAAUGACACUUACAAAUUCAUCUCUAAAGCAAAGAAACAUGGAUCUAAAUGCCUUGUGCACUGCAAAAUGGGGGUGAGUCGCUCAGCCUCCACCGUGAUUGCCUAUGCAAUGAAGGAAUAUGGCUGGAAUCUGGACCGAGCCUAUGACUAUGUGAAAGAAAGACGCACAGUGACCAAGCCCAACCCCAGCUUCAUGAGACAACUGGAAGAGUAUCAGGGGAUCUUGCUGGCAAGCAAACAGCGGCAUAACAAACUAUGGAGAUCUCAUUCAGAUAGUGACCUCUCAGAUCACCAUGAACCCAUCUGCAAACCUGGGCUAGAACUCAACAAGAAGGAGAUCACCACCUCAGCAGACCAGAUUGCUGAGGUGAAGACCGUGGAGAGUCACCCACCCAUACCUCCUGUCUUUGUGGAACAUAUGGUCCCACAAGAUGCAAAUCAGAAAGGCCUGUGUACCAAAGAAAGAAUGAUCUGCUUGGAGUUUACUUCUAGGGAAUUUCAUGCUGGACAGAUUGAGGAUGAAUUAAACUUAAAUGACAUCAAUGGAUGCUCAUCAGGGUGUUGUCUGAAUGAAUCAAAAUUUCCUCUUGACAACUGCCAUGCAUCCAAAGCCUUAAUUCAGCCUGGACAUGUCCCAGAAAUGGCCAACAAGUUUCCAGACUUAACAGUGGAAGAUUUGGAGACAGAUGCACUGAAAGCAGACAUGAAUGUCCACCUACUGCCUAUGGAAGAAUUGACAUCUCCACUGAAAGACCUUCCCAUGUCCCCUGAUCCUGAGUCACCAAGCCCCCAACCCAGUUGCCAGACUGAAAUCUCAGAUUUCAGUACAGAUCGCAUUGACUUUUUUAGUGCCCUAGAGAAGUUUGUGGAGCUCUCCCAAGAAACCCGGUCACGAUCUUUUUCCCAUUCAAGAAUGGAGGAACUGGGUGGAGGAAGGAGUGAGAACUGUCGACUGUCAGUGGUAGAAGUAGCCCCUUCCAAAGUGACAGCUGAUGACCAGAGAAGCAGCUCUUUGAGUAAUACUCCCCAUGCAUCAGAAGAAUCUUCAAUGGAUGAGGAACAGUCAAAGGCAAUUUCAGAACUGGUCAGCCCAGACAUCUUCAUGCAGUCUCACUCGGAAAAUGCAAUUUCAGUCAAAGAAAUUGUCACUGAAAUUGAGUCCAUCAGUCAAGGAGUUGGGCAGAUUCAACUGAAAGGAGACAUCUUACCCAACCCAUGCCAUACACCAAAGAAGAACAGCAUCCAUGAGCUACUCCUUGAGAGGGCCCAGACCCCAGAGAACAAACCUGGACAUAAGGAGCAAGACGAGGGCUCCUGCACAGCCCAGCCUGAACUAGCCAAAGACUCAGGGAUGUGCAACCCAGAAGGCUGCCUAACCACACACUCAUCUAUAGCAGACUUGGAAGAAGGGGAACCAGCUGAGGGGGAACAAGAGCUCCAGGGCUCAGGGAUGCACCCAGGUGCCAAGUGGUACCCUGGGUCUGUGAGGCGAGCCACCUUGGAGUUCGAAGAGCGCUUACGGCAGGAGCAAGAGCAUCAUGGUGCUGCCCCAACAUGUACCUCAUUGUCCACUCGUAAGAAUUCAAAGAAUGAUUCUUCUGUGGCAGACCUAGCACCAAAAGGGAAAAGUGAUGAAGCCCCCCCUGAACAUUCAUUUAUCCUCAAGGAACCAGAAAUGAGCAAAGGCAAAGGGAAAUACAGUGGGUCUGAGGCUGGCUCACUGUCCCAUUCUGAGCAGAAUGCCACUGUUCCAGCUCCCAAGGUGCUGGAGUUUGACCACUUGCCAGCUCCUCAGGAGGGCCCAGGGUCAGAUACUGGAACACAGCAGGAAGGAGUCCUGAAGGAUCUGAGGACUGUGAUUCCAUACCAGGAGUCUGAAACACAGGCAGUCCCUCUUCCCCUUCCCAAGAGGGUAGAAAUCAUUGAGUAUACCCACAUAGUUACAUCGCCCAACCACACUGGGCCAGGGAGUGAAAUAGCCACCGGUGAGAAGAGCGGAGAGCAAGGGCUGAGGAAAGUGAACAUGGAAAAAUCUGUCACUGUGCUCUGCACACUGGAUGAAAAUCUAAACAGGACUCUGGACCCCAACCAGGUUUCUCUGCACCCCCAAGUGUUACCUCUGCCUCAUUCUUCCUCCCCUGAGCGCAACAGGCCCACUGACCAUCCGACCUCCAUCCUGAGUAGCCCUGAAGACAGAGGCAGCAGCCUGUCCACAGCCCUGGAGACAGCAGCACCUUUUGUCAGUCAUACAACCCAUUUACUGUCUGCCAGUUUGGAUUACCUGCAUCCCCAGACUAUGGUUCACCUGGAGGGCUUCACAGAGCAGAGCAGCACCACAGAUGAGCCCUCCGCAGAACAGGUUAGCUGGGAAGAAAGUCAGGAGAGCCCUCUCUCCAGUGGCAGUGAGGUGCCAUAUAAGGACUCCCAGCUAAGUAGCGCAGACCUAAGUUUAAUUAGCAAACUUGGUGACAACACUGGGGAGUUACAGGAGAAAAUGGACCCAUUGCCUGUAGCCUGUCGACUCCCACAUAGCUCUAGUAGUGAAAACAUAAAGAGUCUCAGCCACAGCCCUGGUGUGGUGAAGGAGCGUGCUAAGGAAAUCGAAUCUCGAGUGGUUUUCCAGGCAGGGCUCACCAAACCAUCCCAAAUGAGGCGCUCAGCUUCUCUCGCCAAAUUAGGUUACUUGGACCUCUGUAAAGACUGCUUACCAGAGAGGGAGCCUGCCUCCUGUGAAUCCCCUCAUCUCAAACUGCUUAAGCCUUUCCUCAGAACAGACUCAGGCAUGCACGCGAUGGAGGACCAAGAGUCCCUAGAAAACCCAGGUGCCCCCCACAACCCAGAACCCACCAAGUAUUUUGUAGAACAGCUCACAACAACAGAGUGUAUUGUGCAGAGCAAGCCAGUGGAGAGGCUCCUUGUGCAGUAUGCCAAAGAAUUUGGUUCUAGUCAGCAGUGUUUGCUCCCCAGGGCAGGACCUGAAUUGACUAGUUCUGAAGGAGGCCUUCCCGUGCUACAGACCCAGGGACUGCAGUGUGCAUACCCAGCUCCAGGGCUAGCCGUGGCACCCCGUCAGCAACACGGCAGAACUCACCCCCUUAGGAGACUGAAAAAGGCAAAUGACAAAAAACGGACAACCAACCCCUUCUAUAAUACCAUGUGAUUCUGAGCCUACACAUGUGACUUUCUAGAAGAAAUGUUUAUAAAAGGGGCAGGUGUAAUAUGUAAGGAACAUGCACUUUAUUGGUUAAUUUUAUAAUAUUUUGGUCAUUUUACUGUUUCUGGCGCAUGCAGGGUUUGGGUUUUUCAGUGUGUAUGUGUGUGUAUAUGUAAGGGGAAAGAGAGAUUGAUCUGGAUGGCAAGACCGUGUAUCAUUUUUUAUUUAAAAAAAUCAAACCUCAAAAAAGUCAUUUUCAGAGAACACCUUUAUCAAAGGCAAAUUGCUGUUUUUCAGUCAGCUGCCACCUGCUUCUCAUUUUACCGUCUGAGAAAAGGCAGGUUUCUUGAUUGAGGGAAGGAAGCAGAUUCGGAGGGGUGGAGAUAAAGCUGGGGAUUGGAAAUGUUCCCCUGCCUUUGUGAUGAUAAUUUGGUUUCCAGACCUGAGGCAUUGAAUGGGCUAAAGGGCAACCAGAAGUCAGAGGGCUCUCAGCCUUCAUCCAGCCACAGCCCUUUAGAGUUCCUGAAGGAGGCAGGUUCCACUUUGCUUUAAAAGAGGGUCUUCCGGUAUUCCAGAGUGUAUCGUUACAGUAAGGCAUGAUAAUGGCCGGCUCUGCAAAUUUAUCAUAUAGUUUUUUUCCCAAGAAAAUUAUUUUUGAAAUUAAAACAGGACCCCAAAUGAAAUCCAAGUGGUCUUCUGUAGAGGAAAGCAUGAUAAGACGAGGAAGACAUAAAGUUGGGGGUGGAGAGGCUGCUGCCUAGAAACUGCUGGGUUGGUGGGAUCCACACAGAUGGGCAUCUUGGCUCUCCCUGCCAGAAAAAUGUGCUCUGCAGUGUCCUCCCAACUGAAAACAACAGUGACAUGUUUGAAAAGCAGCAAUCGAAAGUCAGUGUGUUCUUGUAAAAUGAAUACGUAUGUAGGGUUUUAACCCUUCCAUUACUUGAAUAAUUCUUUGGGCCUUCUGAGUUUAAUGGCCAUAUUUUCUUCCAGUUUAUUUUCCUUCCCCAUGCUGUUGUCCUCAUGCUGCCUAUUUUUUUAAAUUUCAUAGAUUAUAUUUGAAUUGUUACAUAUGUUUAACAUCCAUUAAAUGCAACGUUUUAUUUUCGGUAUUAUCACUGUUAACACUUUUUUUCCUUUUCCUGGAAGUUUUGUCAUUUCUCUAAAGUUUGUACACAGUAUUUAUGUACAUAAUAUUGUCACUGUCUUACAGUGUCUUGUUGUUCAUGUUGUAGGGUAUUUUUGAUUUAUUCUUUUCAAGAAGGAGUAGAGUUGCAACUGGAAAACACACAGACACCAGAAAUGAAAGUGUUGGGUGUUGAUAGGAAUCUGUACAAUAUGUUGAUGGUGGCUGUAGUUGUAUAAAUGGAGACUUCCAAUCACCAGCUCCUGCCAAAUUAUGCAUUAGUAACUUCUUCCUCAGAGACACCCCUAAAGGCUCCCAUUAGGUCACAGCGUGACUAAAAGCUGAUUUCUCUGUGAGGCUGAAAUCCCAGAACAUUGUUUGCCAGUAUCUCAACCACAGCCAGGAAGUAUAUGUGAGUUGCCCAGAGUGGGAGCUCCUCGUAGAGGCUGCAGGCCACAGGGGAGGCCUCAGCCAGGGGCAAGUGCCCACAGUGACUCCAUUUAGGAUGCUGUCGUUUUGCUACUGUUGGGGAGAUCCUUAAUGCAGCAGCGCCUACCAUAAACAAGCCUCUUGUAGCUUCUUACAGAAAACAGAUUUAGUCUAGCAUGAAACACCUCUGCAGCUCAUUAAAACUGAAGAGGCUUGCAGAUUUGCUUUCAUUGAUGUCCACGUUACUGAGGAUUGACUGAGUAUAGACUGGAGACAGGUUUUUGGCUCAUCACAGCACUGAGGAAAAUACAAAUGCACAGACUGUCAGCGUGAUGUCAGAGGCCAGAGUUUGGUGGGGGCAGAUGGCAGGGUGACCCAAAAGAUGCAGAAAAGGUAGACUGGGGCCACUGGAGCUUAAGAGGAGCUGUGAAGUUGUGUGGAAGCCGAGGCUGGGUCUGACAUCCCUGCCAGGAGGCAGGUUGGACAGAAACCACUUGCUAAAAGUGUCUCUAUGGUGUAGUGAUUAUGUGUACCCUGUGCUGUUGCUCAGUAGUUUCCUUGAAUGUUCAAGUAUAUCAUCCACACAGUUUUGUGAUUCCUGGAUAUUUGUGUGUUGUAAAGUGUUUUGUUAGGUGGUAUGAACCACUGUGAGGAGGCUUGAGACAGGGUUAUGGAUUUCCAGAGCUCUUCCAUGUAGAAUACCCUGCCUUCUUGAAGCAGUUCCACCACCAAUAUGAUGGGGAAGGGCAGGAAAUUUGUGGCAGGGUGGGGAGAGGAUUUGCCUGGAAGUUAAGAGAGUGGCAUCCACUCGUGGUAACCCCUUACGAUGAUGACAUCCCACACACUAAGAGGUACAAGCAGGACCAAAGUUUUGGACUGUUCCCUCUUCUCCUCUCCACUGUGUUUAAUGUUCACUCACUGCAUUAAAUAACAACAAAGAUGGGACAAAACCCACUAAUGCUGUGGGGAAAAAAAUUUUCAAGAGCAAAGUCUUUCUGCCUUUUUAUAAUUACAUUUUUUUAUCAUUUAAUUUACCUGCCUAAAUAAACAUCUUCUACAGAGUAUCUGUCAUUCAACCAUGCCAGGGAGUUUGUGCCAGCCUUUUCAAACUCCCAGAAUUGGGUGUUCCUGGGUUAUUUACAUAGCUGAGCAGUGUCCAGGGGAGGUGCACAGUGAACUGUCAAGGACUUUCCAGACUGUCUUCUCUUCAGACUCUUUUAUAAUCUCCAGUGACAUCUUUCCCUUUUCUUUUGUUCAUGACCUGACCUGAAACAGUAGAUUUGAUAGACUGGCAAAGAUGAAUAGGAAAAACUUUGACUCUUGCCCAGUGCCUGCCUGCCUCUCUCUCUCUCUCUCUCUCUUUUUAAACCACCAUAGACUGUCACUUAUUUUGGAGGAGUGUAUGUGCAUGUGUACACAUAUGUACAUACAUAAAAACAGUUGCUGUUUUGGUGUAUGGGGUAGAAGCCCGAGGAGCAUACAGAACUUGAGCUGAACCUGGUCAGUAGAAAGGGAAGCCCCAACCCUUUCUUGAUUUUUGGAGACACCCAGGAGUAAUGGAUACUGUAGUAGACAUGUCGUACUAUAGUACCAUAAUAUUCAUCUCUCCUCAUUUUAGUUGCCUUUCAGAUUCUAAAUGUUUGGGAUCAUUCCUAUCAUCUUGUCUCUUCAGGAUCUUUAGUAUUUUCCUGGUUCUGAGGAGGCUUGAGACAGGGUUAUGGAUUUCCUGGUUCUGUGUCUUUAUCCCUACUGAUAGUUCCUCUUUCUCAUUUUGCAAACUACCCAGAGCUCCAAGGACAGCCUGAAGAUCUCAAUGCCCCAGGCUCUGAGGUACCCUGCUCACAGGCCCCAGACAGAUGCUGUUGGGUAAACCCAAAGCUUCCUAUGAGAAGCUUCUGAGAUGUAGCAGGUCACAGAAGUGUUCACCUGUUUCAUCUGAGGAUUUCAGUUCUGAAGUGAUCUAGGCAUGUUUGGUAAAAAUGUUUUUGUGAGAGUUCUUUUUUUAAGAAAGCAUUAUGCAAAAAGUCACUUUUAAGGGCAUUUAAAAAUUUUUAAAUAAAGCCAUUCUUUGGCUUUUUUGGACUAUUUGUGGAUACUUUGUUUACAUUUUGAAUAUUAAAAUGUGCAUCAUCUUGUCGGCCACGCAGUCCUGCAGGCAUCAGUGCCCUAGCUGUCCUGUGAGUCCUCAUGCAGAGCAGGGCCAACAUGGACAGCCCUUGUGAAUAAGUGGGUAUACCCUGAAGCGGACUUCCGUCUGUGUCCUGUCCUCCCAUCCAGCACUCUCUAUGGAAAUAGUUGUCAUUUCCUCAGUGGUGGUGUGUCUUAUAGUGAUGGUUGUAAUGGUGAAUGGCUAGUGUCAUUUUGUUUAAUUUUGUUUUGCUUUUUGAUGGUGGAUAAGAUGAAAUUUUAGCUGUUUCAGCAUCAAUCCAACUUAAAAGCGUCUUGGACUUUGUUUUCCCUUCCAAACUAAAAGAUCAAGGCAUGUAUUAGACACAAGCAUAUUUGCUGCCUCAACUCCUCUGACACCCAUAUUAGGAAAAGGCCUGCCACCAAAGCAGGAAGCUGCACACUCCUAACCCUUCUCCCAGGGUGUGGGGUCCCUUGACGUCAUGAAGAGCUAUUGCAAGGUGCUUCUGUACUUUUCCAGCCUGGAAAUGGAGGGUGACUGGCCCUGGCUCCUGCUAUGAGAAGAUAACCAGCCUCAUUUUCUCAGUGCCCCAGAGAUCUAGGAUAGGAUUUCUGAACUGGAAUCAUCCUUAAUCACCUUGAAGCUCCCUUAAGAGGCAUUUGACUGGUGCUGCCAUCUGUGUCCUCAAAGCAGUGCUGGUGGCAGCAUCCUGUGUACACAUGCAGAGCUAAUACCCAAACUAAAAACUGGGUAACUGGCCCUGAAGUGCUUCCGAAUCAGUAAGCCCACAGGGAAAUGUUUGAUUUUUAUGUUUUGUUGGAUUUUGGUUUGCUUGGCAUAUCUAAAGGUGCCUUUUCUUUUUUUUUUUUCUUUCUGCUUUGUUUUGUAGGACUUGUUCUAACAUGGAAAACAAGUCCAGAAGACUCUCCUCUGACUGUUACCUUUGCCCCAAGCCACCCCAAACUUUUAUGCUCACGUUUUAUUAAAGCAGGUGCUCCCUGGAAUCUCUGGGACCUUUUUGAGGCAUUUGAAGCAGAAUAUAGAGUGGUCUCAUCUCCUUCCUUAAUCCUCCUGGUGGUUGGGAUGUUCCACUUGUAUCAUAGAUUUUUUUAUUACAGAUGUGCUCCACUGUUUUUAAAUGUGAACUUGUGCGCAAAUGUGCAGAUUCAAUGUUCUUGUUACAGAUUGAAUAAAUUUUUAUUUUGAAGACGAAA